GGUCUGAAAAUCAUGCUCAACCAAAUGUGCAACAAGACAAGAUGGAUCCAAAUUACAAGAUUGAUUUCACAAGCCUAUACAAGGAUCUUCCAUCCAAGUUGUCUUCAAAGAUGACAGAGAAUUUAUCUGUUCCUCUGGCUUUUAUUGCACUCCUUCACUUAGCCAAUGAACAUAGCUUGAAACUGGACAGCGAUGGAAGCAUGAGAGAUUUUACCAUAUUGCAAGGAUAACACAUCUAUUGCUGUUGCCUUGUAGUCCAGUGUAAAAAGAACACAACAUGUAUUGCUAAUGUGUCGAUUUUAGAGUGAUAUCAAAUUAUGUUUUUAAAGUGUGUGAAGACUGGUAGGAUUUUGUUAGAUGGAGCAACUAAAUUCAUUGCUUUUGUAUUUCCUUUUGUCUGGUAACAAUAGGAUGAAUAAACAUAUUUUCUGUUUUUUUUUUUUUUUUUUUUUUCUUUCUUUCUUUCUUUGUGUUUUCAGUCUUAAGAAUUAAUGACAAAUGUUGAUACACAGAGUCUUAUAUACUUUUCUAAAAUACAUAAUUAAUUUUAAAUGAAAAAUGAUCAUGUUUUAUUAUACAAAGUAAAUUAUGAUUAGAAAUAUCUUUCUUUAAGCUUUUUGGAUAUAUUCAUUAUUUGUUAUUUGUCAUUAUUUUUACAUAUUAUAGUAACUUAGAUUGCCACAUGGAUGAAAGUAUUUUAAUUGUAUUGUGGACAGAAAGUCUGUAAGGCAUACACGCACACGCACACACACACACACACACACACACUUGCUUGAGAGUAUCAGUGAUGUUGAUAUCUAUAUCUUUGGUGUUUUCAUUUUCUUUUGUCUUUGACCACUGUCACAUUUGGGUAAUUGAGUAUGUAUUGAUUUUAGUUAGCAGAGUCUUUCUUUUAGUAGCAGGUCAUGGAAAUUGAAUCAUUUGUUCUAUUUAUUUUCAGGACAUGUAUAGCUGUAUGAUUUUAUGUAAUAUAUUCAUUCUUUUAUAUAGUUUCUUUAUAUUAUAAUUGCCAGUAAUUUUUUACUGUGCUGCAAUGUUAGAGUAUAAAUUUUUGUAGAUAGCAAACUUAUGAUUUCAUAAAGGAAUUGUAAAAGAA